AUGUAUGCCGGCGUCGAGGAAGAAGAGGGUGGAGGACUGGAGGGCAUGCCCUCCAAGAACCUGAUGGUUGAGUGCCGGCGUCGUAAGCGCCUCAACAACCGUGAACCGUCUCUCCAGGCUACCUCCGUCGUGCCCAGGAUCAUCAAGAGCGUCGAUCCUGGAGACGCGAUCGACUACAUGAAAGAGCUGCUGGAGAGGAUGUGGCGACUGCAGGAGGAGAGGAGGACGCGCAUCCGCAGCCAGCGUGUUCCAGGAGCUGAACCCGACGAGAUAUAUAUGGCCAGGAACAUCCCCGAGAUGAGUAAUCUAGGCGACUAG